UAGGAGUUCGUUUCUAGCGUUGGCAUCCUUUAGGAAACCCCCAACCUCCCGCGGCCAUGCAAAUCCGCAGUUCCGCACAAAAACAUAAUUCUCUCUCCAUCUUAAAAAAUCUUUCCUUAAUAAUUUUCCCUAAUUUUCUUUCUCUCUCAAAGAGAAAAUCUCCACAGGCAAACAGACAAAUAGUGCCUCUGUCGCCCCCUCUCUCUUCCUUGAUAGUACUCUCUUUCUCUGUCUAACGCCACCUGUUAUAUUUAUUUAUUUAUUUACUGAAAUUGAGAGGCCAAACCGAAACGCCAUUUGGUUUUUCUCUCUAGUGUGUUUCUCUAUUUCUCUCUACAAGUGCAUUGUUGUGAGUUCGUCAAUGGCGGUUCCUCCGACCGUCCCUGCCGCUCCGGCUUCGCUCUACGUUGGUGACCUGCACCCUGAUAUCACCGAUGGCCUGCUUUUCGACGCCUUCUCCGAAUUUAAAAGCCUCGCCUCUGUGCGCAUCUGCCGUGACUCCUCCUCUGGCCGUUCCCUCUGUUACGGUUACGUCAACUUCAUCUCUCCUCAAGACGCUUCUCAUGCCAUUGAGGCAAAGAAUCACACUAUGCUGCAUGGAAAAGUGAUAAGAGUUAUGUGGUCACAUCGUGAUCCAGAUGCAAGAAGGAGUGGAAUAGGGAAUGUGUUUGUUAAGAAUUUGAGUGACUCAAUAGAUAAUGUGAGGCUUCAAGCCAUGUUUCAGAAAUUUGGCAAUAUUUUGUCUUGUAAAGUGGUUGUGACUGAGGAUGGGAAGAGCAAAGGAUAUGGUUUCGUUCAGUUUGAGUCUGAGGAAUAUGCAAAUGCUGCCAUUGAGAAGCUAAAUGGCUUCAUUAUUGACGGCAAACAGAUAUAUGCUGGGAAGUUUGUCAGAAAGACUGAUAGGGUUCUGCCCAAUCCUGAUGCCAAAUAUACAAAUCUUUACAUCAAGAAUUUGGAUCCAGAUGUCACAGAAGAAGCUCUACGAGAGAAGUUCUUUGAGUUUGGGAAAAUUGCUAGCUUGGUUAUUUCUAAGGAUGAAAAUGGGAUGUCCAGAGGUUUUGGUUUUGUGAACUUUGAGAGCCCGGAAGAUGCCAAACGAGCACUGGAAGCAUUAAAUGGAUUGCAACUUGGUUCGAAGGUUCUGUAUGUAGCAAGGGCACAGAAGAAAGCCGAACGUGAGCAGCUUUUGCGUCGCCAAUUUGAGGAGAAACGUAACGAGCAAAUCUUAAAAUACAGGGGUUCAAAUGUGUAUGUCAAGAACAUUGAUGAUAAUGUCAAUGAUGAUGACCUGCGGGAACACUUUAGUGUGUGCGGCAAGAUCACUUCUGCAAAACUCAUGCGAGAUCAAAAAGGGAUAAGCAAGGGGUUUGGAUUUGUCUGCUUCUCCACUCCUGAUGAGGCCAGUAAAGCUGUGAACACUUUUCAUGGGUACAUGUUUCACAGAAAGCCAUUGUAUGUGGCUAUUGCUCAAAGGAAAGAGGACAGGCAAGCACAACUGCAGCUUCAUUAUGCACAACGUAUGGCAGGACUUGCAGGACCUUCUACUCCUGUUAUCCCUGGUGGAUAUCCUCCUCUGUACUACACAGCUCCUCCUGGUGUUAUACCUCCAAGACAGGGCCUGAUGUAUCAGCCUUUGGGUUUGCGCACAGGAUGGAGAGCUAACAACCUUAUACCUCCAACCAGACCAGCUUUUCAGCCAUCAUCAAUUCCCUUGAUGCCUAAUACUCCAAGGCAGCACAGGCAAAACAGGGGCAGGACAAAUGGGCAUAUUCCACAGGGUGGUGGUCACUCUACUGCAUUUAUGCCACAUUUGCAGCAGCCAACUCAACCAGUGAUUUCACCAAAAGAUUCAAUCAAUCAGCAGCGGGCUGGGCAGGCUAAGUAUGUGCCAAAUGGCCGUUCCUAUGAGAUGAGCAAAGGAUCUGGAAUCCCAUCUGCUGCUUCCAAUUCUGUUGGAACUGGAUCUCAAGGAUCGGAGAUGCUGAGUAGCAUGCUUGCUGCUGCUUCUCCUGAGCAGCAGAAGCAGAUUCUGGGCGAGCAUCUCUAUCCCCUUGUCCAGAAACAAAAGCCUGAUCUUGCUGCAAAGAUAACGGGAAUGCUUUUGGAGAUGGACAACUCGGAACUGCUCCUGUUAUUGGAAUCCCCUGAGUCAUUGGCUGCCAAAGUGGAAGAAGCUGUGCAGGUGCUCAAGCUCUCCAAAUCUAAACCAUCUGGACAGGACACACUUCAUCCUAGUUACCUGGCUGCUGAGGUUGCGGUUAACUGAAAAGGCUUUUGUGCCCAACAAUUUUCCACUUUUUGAAAGUUUGGAGAUUAUGGUUGGGCUGGAACUCCGAGUGAGCGAUAUUUUUGAUAGUCUGUAUUGGUGGACCUUCUUAAUUUCUGGCUUUUAACAAUUUUCCACUUUAGUCUUUACAGUAUAGAAUAUUUGACAUUUGAAGAACACAUCUAUCUAUCUAUCUUAUCUGAACUGUUAGUUGAA